AAAGCCCAUCGAGCUUCACUCAGGUGUAAGGAACUGCCUACACUUUGACAGCACACGGCAAAUAGCCAACCAUGGCGACAUUAUUGAAUAUUGUGGAGGCGACAGACAAAAAUAUGGCAGGGAUUUUAGAAUCACAAGGUGGAAUGAAACGGAAGCAAAAUCUUGAUUCGGGUUCGGGGUACACAGCGAUGACAAAAAUCGUGUCGGCUGUACCUUUUUCAGCCAAAGUCUCUGUGGCUGAUGGAACUCUUUCGGCCGAAAGCUCGAUCAGUGAUAACGAUGCCUUGAUCACGACGCCUUUAGAGCAGAACGAGAAUGCAAAAGCUAUAGGAGACACACGGAGCUCCACCGUAUCGGUGGUCCUUGAUGGUCAUGUUGUAUGUGGAGAAGAUUCAAUUCGUGAUUCAUCAAGUCAUGAGCAACCCAGUCAUACGCUUCAUUUUACUGGUGAAAGUUCAUCUUCCGGACCCAGCAAGCGCAAAGUUUCAUUUUCUGAGAGUGACAGACGCGGCCCUGCCAAGAAGCGCCAUCGAGAUGGAUUGGUAGUUGCUCGAAAUCUGCACACCAUUGCUCCGGCUCCGAAAGCCACCGUUCUUUUGGCAUCUCCAACAGAUGUGUCCGUGUUGAGUCCCCUACAUAUUUUUAUCCGGCAAAAUAUUGAGGUUUUCUCGGCGAGCCAAGUUGAAAUGUCACAGCCUGCUCCAGGACGCAAACAUCCUAUUCAAUUGCACCAAAUAGGUCUCAGAUGCAUUCAUUGCCGCCACUUACCCCCCAGAGAUCGAGUUAAGCGUGCCGUCUGCUACCCAAGUAGCGUAGGGCGGGUGUACCACUCUGUGAGCGAUAUGAAGUUCGACCAUUUUAGCGGCUGCAAGGGACUCCCUGAUGCAGUGCGCGCACAAUUUUUCGAUCUCAAAGCUGGAAGUAGGGAGAAACGAGCUAAGUCAUCGCCAGUAAAGGUCGCCGGCUGCUCUACGUCCACCGCGCAAUACUACCAUGAUACAGCAUGUGAGAUGGGAAUGGUUGAUGGGCCCGGCGGAGUGUUCAUGUCCAAAAGUGUUCCGCUCUGUGAAAGCCCUAAAAAGGUCAUCGAUUUAGACAACGCUCCUGUUAAAGCUGAAAGUCCGGCUUCUUCUGCUCGCGACGGACUGAGCCUUGUCACCGCCAAGACCUUUUCGCAGUCUCUCCAAGAUCUGGCUCUUCACCGACAAAUAACUGAAGUUGUGUUGGCCCAACAAGUACUAGCCCCGUAUUUCCUUUCACUCAUGACCAACAGGUGUCUUGAAACCAAGCUUCCGAAAAAUAUUGUGUCUCCGCCCCCUGGCUUUGCAAGCAGUCUUGUGUUGUCGUCGCCUACGGAUGAGCAAUUUUUGAAUCCUCUUCACUGCUUCGUGCGUCGCCAUAUCGAAAUUUUCUCUGCAACAAAAGAUGACAUUGCCGCCCCGUCACCUGGGCGAAAGAGUCGCGUUGUCUUGGGUCAAGUUGGUAUCCGAUGUAUACACUGUGCUUGUCUUCCUAUUAAAGAGCGCGUAAAGAGAGCAGUUUGCUAUCCCCCUGCAAUCAGUGGAGUCUACCAUUCCGUUUCUAAUAUGAAGUUUGAUCAUUUUGGAAACUGUCGGGGCCUUCCGGAAGCAGCACGUGUUGAAUUCUCCGCUCUACGAGCUUCGCAUGGCCGCCGAAAUACAGGGGCACCAAAGGCAAGUACUCGAGGCAUAUCAAAUUCGACAGCCCAGUAUUAUUAUGAUUCCGCUGUGCGGAUGGGACUUGUCGAUUCCACUGAGGGCAUCCGAUUAAACAAAGAGACUACUGCAGUGAGUCGACAAGAGCGUACUCGAGAUAUUCCUGACGGUAUAUCUGCCUUAGUGAUUGCGGCGAACGAUCCGAAUGUCCAGGCCACGUAUUAAAGCACACUGCCAUUUAUAGACAAGUAGAUUUUACUC